AUGUCGACGUCCGAGCCAAAUUCUGCGGCACCGCCGGCCGCUGUCGCGGGUUCUACAGCCGCAGAGCAAGCCGCCGCCUUUGCCGAUGACCCCCGUGUGCACUUUGACCGUGCCGCAGGGGCAUGGCGACUGGAGAACGACGAUGGGACAGAGUUGGAGUAUGAUGCUGCGAAGGGAGCAUGGCUACCCCUGGUCGACGAGGACCUCGUGAAAGCUCAGCAAGCAGCAUAUUCGGUCGCGGGGGUCGACGAGGAGACACCCGCCGCCCCUGUCCUUGCCCGCACGGCCAAAAAGCGGAAGGAGCCCGAAGACUACACCUCCAGCACAGUGGGCCAACCCUCCGGGUCCUCCAUCAAGCGUAGCAAGAAGGGUGCCGCCUUGUCCUCCAAAGAUAAUGGAGCAGCUCCGCCUGAGCGGAAGUCGAAGAACACCGCGGUAUACGUGACAAGCCUUCCCCUUGACACAGAAGCAGACGAAUUGGUGGAGUGCUUCUCACGCUUCGGGUUGAUCGAGGAGGACGACGACGGGCACCCGAAGGUGAAAAUGUAUGCACGAGAGGAUGGCACGUUCAGCGGUGAAGCACUCGUCGUGUAUUUCAAGGAAGACUCGGUGAAUCUCGCAGUUAGCCUCCUGGAUGACACCGAGCUCAGGAUUGGCAACGCGAGUACACGGAUGAAAGUACAGCGUGCAGAGUUCGGACACAAACAUGAGAAGGGAGCUGCAGAAGGCGGAGAGGCAAAGCCACGGAAGACUGUUACGGACAAGAAGAGAGCAUCCCGACGGAUCGGGAAGAUGCAGAAGAAGCUGGGUGAGUGGGACGACGAAGACGGAUUUGGGCCACAUAUAACAGAAGAGGAUAAGGCCAACGCGACAAACAAGAACAACCGCGUAGUGGUGCUUAAAUACAUGUUUACGCUGGAUGAACUCGAGCAAGACGCGUCCUUGUUGCUGGACCUGAAGGAAGAUGUCCGGGAAGAGUGCUCAACACUGGGUGAAGUUACUAACGUGGUGUUGUAUGAUAAGGAGCCCGAUGGCAUUAUGUCUGUCAAGUUCCGUGACCCCCUCAGCGCACAAGCCUGUGUAAUGAAAAUGAACGGUCGUUUCUUCGCUGGUCGUCGCGUCGAAGCCUCGCUUUAUGCAGGCAAGCAGCGCUUUAAGCGGACCACUGAUGAGUCCUUCGUGGGUGAAGACGAGAGCGAGAAAAAACGUCUUGAUGACUUUGCGCAAUGGCUGAUGACCGAAGGGGAUUGA